UUCAAGAUGGAAUAGAAAGGUCGUAGACAUCUUAGAAGAAACUGAGACCUUUCCAAGCUUCAGUCAGUUUGUGAAGUUUCUCACGAGAGAAGCAAAGAUCGCUUGUAAUCCUGUAACAUCCCUUCAUGCUUUGCAAUCAAGCGAAGAUGGAAAACCUAAGACACCAAGGAUUCAAAGCCCCGGAGCAAGGGUGUUAGCAACUAACUCUGAUGAGAAAGAUACUGUUACUAGUUGUGUCUUCUGUGAGAUGUCAGGUCACAGUCUCCACAAAUGCUGUAAGUUCAUGGAUAAGCCCACCACAGAGCGACAGAAGUUUSUUCAAGAGAAUAAAUUGUGCUUUGGCUGUUUAAGGCCUGGGCAUCACUCGAAAGAUUGUGAUAACAGGAACACCUGCGACACGUGUCAGAGGAGGCAUCCAUCCUGCCUGCACGAAGAUCGUACUAAAGAAAGGUUAAGGGAUAGGAAGACAGAGCCCCCACAAGAUAAGGGGACAAGAGCGUCAAGUGAGGCCAUAUCCAACAGAGUCGUAAGGGACAUUAACAACACUCACACCUCCACAAUCAUUCCAGUAUGGGUGUCAACCACAAGCGAGCCAGAUCGUGAAGUUCUUGUGUAUGCACUUCUUGACACCCAGAGCGACACCACCUUUAUCCUUGAAGAGACAACAAAAGCCUGGGAAGAUACGAGUCGUCUUUGACUGCUCAGCUAAGUUUCGAGAGACGUCCUUGAAUGACCAUCUCCUUACCGGUCCAGAGUUGACAAACACAUUGCUGGGCGUCCCUUGUCGUUUUCGUAAGGGUCCAGUUGCAAUCAUGUGUGAUGUAGAGCGCAUGUUCCACCAGUUUCAUGUGAAAGCAGAAGACCAAGAUUAUCUACGGUUCCUUUGGUGGGAGAACGGAGAUCUAGAGUCUCAACCCUCAGUGUAUCGUAUGAAGGUCCAUUUGUUCGGCGCAGCUUCAUCUCCUGGUUG